AUGCGCUCCGCCUUUGCUUCCCCCCGCGCGAACGCCUUGGGGGAUGUCGUCGUCAACUCGGUCGACUCCUACCAGAUCCGCAUUGCCAUCUCCGGAACUUCAUUUGAUAAAUACCCUGCCAAACAACAUGCUCGCAACGUCGCCCGCAAGCUCGGCGCUUCUCAUGGCUUGAUUUUCCUUGCCGGUCAACCGACAAUCAACCUACGUGACUCGGACCAAGCGCGACCGUUCCGUCAACGACGAUACUUCUAUUACCUCAGUGGCGUGGAUGAGCCCGAUUGCACCCUAACAUACGACAUCGCAUUGGAUCUGUUGACCCUGUAUGUUCCGGACUUCGAUCUACACCGCGCGAUAUGGAUGGGCCCGACCCUUUCCCGAGAGGAUGCCCAAGAUCGCUAUGAUAUCGACCGUGUCCUCUAUCAGUCGUCACUUAAGCCCGAGCUGGAAUCAUGGCUGAGCCAACGAGUCCAGAACAGUUCUCUAUAUAUGGUCCACGAAUCAGAGACCCCCGAUGGUCUACCGACGGAGCUCCCGCUGAACACAAAACAACUCAUGCCUGCCAUGGAUGCGGCUCGGGGUGUCAAGGACGAGUAUGAGAUUCGCAUGAUUCGUCAAGCCAAUAAAGUCUCGAGCCUAGCGCAUCGUCGAAUUCUUGAACGUAUCACGAAAAUGUCGAACGAGUCGGAGAUUGAAGGGCUGUUCCUCGACACCUGUAUUUCGCACGGUGCUCGGAACCAAGCAUAUCAGAUUAUCGCGGCAUCGGGUCCCAACGCGGCAGUCCUUCACUACGACCGGAAUAAUGAGUCUUUGCACCAGAAACCUCUUGUAUGUCUUGAUGCUGGCGCGGAGUGGAAUUGCUAUGCAAGUGAUGUGACUCGAACAUUCCCGCUCACUGGAGAAUGGCCCAACCAAUAUGUCCGGGACAUUUAUAAGUUAGUGGAGCGAAUGCAGGAGGAGUGUAUCAAACAGAUCCGCAGAGGUACCCGAUAUCUAUCUCUGCACGACUUGGCGCAUGACAUUGCGAUCGAUGGUCUCUUGGCCCUUGGAGUCUUCAAAGGCGGCAACCACGCGGAGGUUCGCGCGUCCGGUGCCUCCAAGGUCUUCUUCCCCCAUGGACUGGGUCACCAUGUCGGACUUGAGGUUCAUGAUGUCUCCGAAUCUUCCAUCAUGGCUAUGCAUCCAGAUUUUGACCACGAGCAAUAUGGCCCGGUUCUGAGUCCCUAUAAUCUUUCACCAUGUACAGUCUCAGCACCAUUGCUGGAGGAGGGUAUGGUGUUGACUGUAGAGCCAGGUCUCUACUUCUCGCCACUGGCUCUCGCGAAUGCGCGCAAACAGCCAUUCGCAAAGUACAUUGAUUUUGACGUGGCAGCAAAAUAUGUUCCUAUUGGCGGCGUACGUAUUGAGGAUGAUAUUCUCGUGACGGCUAAUGGAUAUGAAAAUCUCACCACAGCGCCUAAAGGCGAUGAGAUGCUUGCAAUUAUUCGUGGGUCUUCGUAG